CAAUCGUGCAUUACUGUGAAAUGAAACAAAGACAGCAAAAUUACCGCUAUAAGACAAAAUAAUUAAGUUAAUAUUUUUUUAAGUCAUACUUGAGAUUUCAGACGACAGAGGAAUGCGGACUCAAGCCUUCGCUGGCGUUCGACUGCGCGCGAUUGAUUUGUUGUGACAGACUAAACAGACACGACCAAUCGAUUCAGAGAAAGUAACAUGUAGUGCGUUGGAAGUUGCCUGGCUCCCGAUCAACAAAGAUGAUUGAACAGUGCUCGAGAAUGAAAUAGUUGUUAUUUCAACUCGAAAAUUGUUGCUGUGGCUCAACCGUCAGCGCGGAAGUGGGUGAAAUUAUACAUUUAUAUGUUAGUCUCAUGGAGAGCGACUUGCUAGCAUGCUUGCAGCCGUUGCAGAGAUAAAGGUUUGGAAAUAAUGGCCUCCUCGGUUAUCUGCCUCAGCGGCCAUGUCCUUUACCAGUGUGUCUGCCACUGAUGGUGAUGCUGCUGCUGUCAUGGCAACCCAGGCUUUCGAGCAGGCUGUGUUGGCCUCAGACCGCUACGCAAAGCUCAUCCUGGCCCAGAUGAACAAGAUGAGGCUUCGUGCAGAUUUUUGUGAUGUGGGGCUGAGGGUCGGCAUCCGCGUCUUCAAAGUUCACCGACUGGUGCUCGCCGCCAGCAGCCCGUACUUUUCUGCUCUUUUCUCAGGGGGAAUGAGCGAAGCCGAUAAACAGGAAGUGGAGAUCCUGGGUGUAGAUACUGACGUCUUUGAGGUCCUGCUGGAGUUUGUUUACACAGGCUCCAUCAGCGUGACUGUUGACAACGUUCAAGAGCUGAUGCUAGCGGCAGAUAUGCUGCAGUUGAAUGAGGUGGUGUCCAUCUGUGGAGAGUUUCUCAAGGACCACAUGGAUCCAUCCAAUUGUGUGGGCAUCUUUCAGUUCCUGGAGCAGAUUGCCUGCAUGGGAAUGUUGGAGUUCUCUGAGAACUAUAUCCAUGUUCACUUCCUGGAGGUUUGUAUCGGUGAUGAGUUCAGGGGCCUGUCAAAGGAUCAGAUUGUAAAACUUCUAAGAAGUGAAGAGCUGAGAAUUGAGGAUGAGUACCAGGUAUUCACAGCAGCCAUGGACUGGGUUCUCCACGAUGUGGCGAAGAGAAGAAAGUAUGUCGUUGAGGUGUUGGAACCAGUCCGCUUCCCACUACUUUCCCCACAGAGGCUGUUCAAGUACAUAGAAGGUAUUACCGACUUCAGCCUGCGGGUGGCACUGCAAACCCUUUUGAAGGAAUACACGGAAGUCACCAAGUCCCCCAAAGAUAAUAAGACGCACAGUCAACUCCAGCAAGUCAAGAUGAGACCAAGAAGAAAAGCCAGGAAAUACCUCUAUGCUAUAGGAGGGUACACUCGGUUACAGGGUGGGCGUUGGAGCGACAGCCGGGCGUUAAGUUGCGUAGAACGCUUUGACACCUUCAACCAGUACUGGACCACAGUGUCUUCUCUGCACCAGGCCCGCAGCGGAUUGGGGAUGGCGGUACUGGAGGGUAUGAUCUAUGUGGUGGGAGGAGAGAAAGACUCAAUGAUUUUUGACUGCACGGAGAGAUACGACCCAGUGACCAAACAAUGGGCUGCUGUGGCUUCGUUGAAUUUCCCUCGAUGUGGAGUUGGCGUCUGCCCCUGUCAUGGCGCUCUGUAUGCUCUUGGUGGCUGGAUUGGCUCUGAGAUCGGGAAGACGAUGGAACGUUAUGACCCUGAAGAAAACAAGUGGGAGGUGAUAGGCAGCAUGGCAGUUCCCCGCUACUACUUCGGUUGCUGCGAGCUGCAAGGCUUUAUUUAUGUCAUCGGAGGAAUCAGCGACGAAGGCAUGGAGCUGCGCUCUGCAGAGAUGUACGAUCCCAUCACCCGUCGAUGGAGCGCCUUGCCUGUUAUGGUUACACGUCGAGCCUACGUGGGUGUGGCCUGCCUCAACAACUGUAUUUAUGCGGUGGGCGGCUGGAACGAGGCGUUGGGGGCUUUGGAGACCGUGGAGAAGUACUGUCCAGAGGAGGAGAAGUGGUUGGAGGUGGCCCCGAUGUCCACUCCACGCGCAGGGGUGUCCGUGUCCGCGGUAAACGGGCUGCUGUACGCCGUCGGAGGAAGAGCCGCCAGCAGAAACUUCUCGGCCCCGGUGACUGUGGACUCUGUGGAGAUCUACGACCCUCACCUGGAUACCUGGACGGAGGUCGGCAACAUGAUCACCAGCCGCUGCGACGGCGGGUUGGCCGUGCUCUAAUCCUGCACCUCACCCUGUGCCACUUAUACAUGGCGUUGGAAAAAAAAAAACAUUCGCUUUCACUUUAAUUGUUGACGUCUGUGAUCAGUCCACUGAUAUCGACACUGUAAAAUUGACCACGUGUCACUCAAAUGUGUUUUUUCUGUUUCCUCAAAUGUGCGGUACUACUUGAACGUAUGAUACAUAUAUGACAACAUCAUGACACUCGUGAGCGAUACCUGCAAGUGCUUUUAAACUGGAACCGCUGGGGAACCCUGUGCUGUUGCUACUGGAUGAUAUCAGCGAAUACUUUACGUUAUACACUGUAUACACUUAUUGUGUUAUUUGCCUACUUUCUUCAGAGCUAUUAUUCCCUGUCCUUUAGCAAGCAGAUUAAUAUAAAUACUGCAUCCCUGUCAAAAUCAUUUUUGUACAUUCUUGGCCUGCCAGUGAUGUGUGUGACAAAAUUCCUCCAAGGCAGGAGUGGCCAAAAUUUUUCCAACAAGGGCCGCAUACUGAAAAAUGAAAGGAAGUACAGGACAUUUUGAUGUUUUGUAAAGCAGCAUGUAGAUAUCCUAAGAAGUUAAAUAUAUUUGAAGAAGAAGAAAAAUACAUCUCAGUGAAAAAGCGUAUUAGUUUGAAAUUUUGUCUUCUCUUUUUUCCCCCCAUUGUUGUUUUUUUUUCUUCCAGAUAUUCUUUGUGUGAUAUUUUGACUCUAUUCCCAUAAUACAUUUUUUUCCAAAUUGUCCGAAAUUGACAACUUUAUUUUAUUUUCUUUCUCACUCUAUUACAGGUACAACAUACCACCUUUUUUCUUUACUAUUUCAACUCAAUGCUACUAAAAAUCACAUUAUUUUUUCUAUUUUUUAUUUAAAUUUCCAAUGAUUUAAACUUUAUUGUAAAUGAUCUCCUAAUUAUGACUUUAUU